AUGGCGGGCUGUAUUUUUGUGCCUGGACAGCCUAGUUACGGGCAUUCAGAAUUGGAAAGGCUGCUCACAGUUGCAAAGCCCUCGGUAAUUUUGACUCAACGGGCGCAUUCAGAUACCCUGUUGGAGGCUGAAGGUAAAGUUUCUUGCUCAGGCUUAGAUCGGAAAUCCACCUUUAUUUUCGAUGAUGACAUUCUUGAUAACACUGGUAGAUCAUUCCUCGAUGUACCUCACUGGCAGGAAAUGGUAGGCUUUCUAGACGACAAGGGCUGGGAGUAUUCCAAUGUUAGAUCAUCGCUUGACUACAACAGUACCAUUGUCAUAAUGUUCACCUCAGGCACAACUGGGCAUCCAAAGGGUGUCGAGAUUUCUCAUCGCAAUUAUAUCUCAGCUGCCGUGAGUUAUAUGCAACGAGUAUCUCUCCAUCCGUACUGGCAGCAGUCCAUGAACAAUGUUGGCAAGGGCAUCAAUCCAAUUCGUGUUUUAGGCGCGCUCGGAAUGCACCACAUCCUUGGUCAAACAUCCUAUAGUGUUGUCCUCUCAAAGCUUGGAGUCCCGCUAUAUCUCCUGUGCCGACCAAGUGUGCAGAACAUCGUGAACGCCGUGGAAACUUUCAAGAUUUCUGACGCAAUCAUCAGGAGCUCCAUGCUUACUGAAAUUGCGAAAGGCCUUACUUGUAAUCCUGUAGAAAAGCUACGUUCUCUGAGAAGAGUUGAGGCAUCUGCGGCUCCAAUGGAACAGUUAACCAAAACAAUACUGGAGCAAAUAGGCAUCGGGAGAGUUACCCGAGUCUGGGAAUUGACUGACCGGAUCGUGAACCGUAAUAACAUUGGUGAUAUUUGGAUCCGUGCGCCUAGCCUUAGCAGAGGGUACUAUCAUAAUCCAGAGGCUACUAGUGAUGCUUAUGGAGCUGAUGGGUGGUUCUCUACAGGGGAUGUCGGAUAUGUUGAUGAACAUAGAAUGUGGUAUAUUGUGGAUCGUAAAAAAGAUUUGAUCAAAGUGAAUGGAAACCAUGUAGCACCAACUGAACUGGAAGCAGUGCUACUUCGUCAUCUAAAAAUUGUGGAUGCUGGAAUCAUCGGCGUUGCUGUGUAA